UUCUCACUGCAACAGCUUAAGCCUCCUAUCAAUCUCGUCAUGAACUUCAACAAGAUCUUCGUCUUCGUGGCUCUCAUCUUGGCCAUAAGCCUGGGAAGUUCGGAGGCUGGUUGGCUCAGGAAGCUGGGAAAGAAAAUCGAGCGCAUUGGCCAACAUACUCGAGAUGCCACAAUCCAGGUCCUCGGAAUCGCCCAACAAGCCGCCAAUGUGGCAGCCACCGCUCGAGGUUGAAAUCAAGUCUGGAACUUUCUCAAAUUGCUCAUUUCUGUAAUUUAUUAUUAAUUCAAUCUAAGUCAUUAGAACAAUUAACCUAAGGAACAAAAACAUUUA